CGCCCUCACGCCGAUGGUGCAGCCGUUCGAACGAACGACGCAAGACUCUGUUUUGCAACCUCCACCUCUGAUCGAACUCCGUCCCUUCGACGCCUCUGCGUCCCCCGCAUGGAAGGAUGCCGAUGUAGAACCUAGUAUGACGUCCACAACGCGAAGAAGCUUAUGGUACAGAUCGAAAGCGUUCCUUGGGUAUGCUAGCCGUGACGGGGAGCAGUUGGACCGGCGUACGUUUGUCCGCGAGAUGUGGUUCGUCUUCGUAGCGACAACACAGCUCGUGGUGACCAUCGUGUUGACGGCGCUCGGGUUUCUGAACAAGGAGGGGCAUAGCGACCAGAACGAGUUCAGCGCGUGCCCCGAGUUUGGAGUCCUCAACCUCGUUUGGCUCGCGCGGACCGCGUUCGUGGGAUACCUGGUCCUGUGGGCGCACCGGAUGAGAGGCAGGAUCGAGGCGCACAUGGAUGGACGUGCAAAUGGUUCUACGAGCGUCCAGCAUACCAAAGACGACAGCCGCCUCGAAAGUCGCAGCGCUACCCGGAGCCCGUGGGACGUCGUACCCGAACGCACCGCUGUCAUCCGCAUGCGAAUGAUCACAUUGGGCGCGCCAGUGGUGACCUUUGUGUGCUACUGCGUGACGCUGUUUCUGUGGUAUACGAGGCUGGAUGGCUGCCGCGAGGUCGCACCUCAUAUCACCACGCUCACCUCCAUCAUCGCUACGGCCGCCAAUUUUGGCUAUGCGUGGUGGCAUCUGAAGAAUCUGGUCGUGUCCGUGCAGCAGUACCAGGCUGACAAACGCGCGAAGGCGGAUGCUGGAAGAUUUAUAUGACAGAAUCGCCGCAACACAUUGGAGCACAUUGAGGACAUUACGCGUUCGUAAUAGGUGCAUCAAUGACAAUGGGGGCUAUGU